CCCAAGCUGGUACAGUACUUUGUAGGAACCUAAAACACUCAAAUUUUCAGCAUUUUUGCGAAGAGCGAACCACAAUAAUCAUCAAGAGAAACCAUAGUGGGCAUUUCUAGAAAGAAAAAUGGCAAAAGAAUUCACUAAUUCACCAAAAUCCAAUCUUAAAUUCAGAAGCAGAAGCAGCAAAAAUGGCGACAACAAUGGUGGUGGGUUUGAUAAACAAGAAAGGGGCAAAAUGGGUUCCAGCAAGAAAUUUACAAAAGAGAAAACGCCAUUUCGAGCAAACCCAUUAAAAGUAUCAUCUUUGGAAUCCAACAAGAAGAAAUUUGGGGAUAAAAGGAAGAAAUUUGAGGAUUUCUCAGGGAAAAGCAGCAAAAAAUCGGACAGUAACUUUGACAAGAAAUCUAACAAGGGAGAGAAGAAGCAUUUUAGAAUGAACACAGUAAAGGAUUCAUCUUUCGAAACUGGUAAGAAGAAUUUUGGGGAUAAGAGGAACAAUUUUGAGGAGGGUUCAUCAAAAGUUCCAUUUUUGAAUUCUGAGAAGAAAUUUUGGUUUAAGAAGAAAAAUGUUGAGGAUGAUUCAGUGGAAGCUAAACCAAAGAAGAAGAAGAGGGUGAUCAAGAUUGAUCGUUAUGACUUUUCGAAUAAGCGGCUUGAUGAUGGAAAUGUGCUUAAUGAGAUAACCAAUCAGCAGAAGAAGAAGAAGGAGGAGCAAAAAGAAGAUGUUGAGAAAGUGGAGUUGUCAAUGAAUGCACAAUUCAGGGCAAUUCAACCCAGUCCUUCAAUCUUUACAUUUGUGGAAGACAAUUUAUUGGGCCGUAGACGCGACAUUGAUCUGCGGAGAGCUGGCUAUAACACCGAACUCUCGUGGCCAUUGGAUAAUAUACCCUUCUCCACGAGCACGGAGAGAGAAAGAAUUGAAGAAAGUGUAUUCAGGAAUAAGUUGGAGUUUUUUGCUGCUGCAAAAGUUUCUUCAUCGUUUCCCCCACCUGAUCUUCCGGAGAUUGCAUUUGCUGGCAGGUCCAAUGUUGGAAAAUCAUCUCUACUAAAUUCACUUACGAGGCAAUGGGGAGUUGUUCGGACCUCUGAUAAACCGGGUCAUACUCAGACAAUUAACUUUUUCAACCUUGGUAAGAAGCUCAACCUAGUUGAUUUACCUGGUUACGGCUUCGCUUAUGCAAAAGAAGAAGUCAAGGAGGCGUGGGAAGAUCUGGUAAAAGAGUAUGUUUCCACAAGAAUUGGGCUGAAGAGAGUGUGCCUUCUCAUUGACACCAAGUGGGGUAUGAAACCAAGAGAUAUUGAACUUGUUCAUUUGAUGGAAAGGUACCAGACUAAGUAUCAAAUUGUCUUGACAAAAACAGACACAGUAUUUCCCCUUGAUGUGGCUCGCCGUGCUAUGCAAAUCGAAGAGACACUCAAACAACACAAAUCCAUAGUCCAACCUGUGAUGAUGGUCAGUUCAAGAUCAGGAGCUGGCAUUAGAUCUUUGAGAACAGCACUUGGGAAAAUUGCUCGUUUUGUUAAGCCUUAAAACAUUUUUUUCGAGCAGAUUUACAUGUUCAGGUCACUCAGCAUGUUAGUAGCCUUGAAAGUGCCACACUUUUUAGGGAGCCUCUCAAUCUGAGGGCAACAAUAAGCUGAAUGUGCUUUCACUUUCAUCAUUAAAAGUUAGUUGUAAUAGGCAUCAGGAAUUCAAAACAGAGUAUAUAGGAAGCAUUUUAAUGUGCAAUUUUAAGCUCUA